AUGUUAUUACCGGUCAUUGUCUUUCUAUGCAUUCGUAUCUCGACGACGAUUCAUACUUGUCCGAAUUUUUGUCAAUGCUAUUCGGCAUCGGAUGGUUAUCAUAUCAUCUGUCGAAAUGCGAAUCUUUCGGACAUUCCAUUGACUUUAAUACGAUUCCUUCAAAUUACUGUUCAUCAAAAUCUAAUUCUUGAUUUAAGCUCCAAUUCACUCUCGAUCAUUUCUUGUCAAAUCUUUCAAAUCCCCACUAUUCUUCGAUUAACUUUAAGUGACAACCGUAUUCAAUCCCUUCCGUCGUGUUUUUCUCAAUCGUCGAUUGAAUAUCUGAAAUUGAACAAAAAUCAGCUUCAGUUUAAUGAAACAACCAUUCUUUCAAGCUCCAAAUUACUUCAUUUAGACAUAUCCGACAAUGCAAUACCUCGUUUACCACGUACAUUUUUCUUUCAUCUACGUCGGUUGCAAACAUUAGUAUUAAAUGAUUCUCAUGAACUUUUUCAAGCAGAUCGUGAUCAAUGGAUUCGAUCACUACCAACACGAAAUCAAUUGACAUUGGUUAUAUGUGAUGAACAUUUUCAUCUUCCAUUUUGCCUUUUUGACCAUUUAUUUCAAUUAAACAAGAUCUUAACGAUUGAAUUGAACGGAUAUAUUCAUUGUGAUUGUUCUUUUGUCUAUUUACCAUUUGACAAAAUUCGUUUUCAAUAUUGUCAAUCUGAUCGAUUGACUGAUCAGCAUGGUCGAUGUGAUAUUCAUUCGUCUCGUUUUGCACGUGGUUACUCAUUGAUUGAAUUACAAAAUGAAACAUAUCGACAGUUAUGUGCGAAAGAAUAUCAAACAUGUCAAACGUUGUCAUGGAAGAGAAAUUCUCCAUUUAUUCCUGAUUUUGAUGUGUCUCGAAACGAUUCAACAAUUAAACAAGUACAAAUAACAACAAUGACCACUACUUUCACGGCGGAAACAUCUUCAAAAAGAGACCAUACAUCCGCAGGUGCCAUCAUACCAUUUGUCCUUAUUUUACUUCUUGUAACAAUAGUCUGCCUCUAUAUUGUUCUAUCAGGACACUUUUUUCGAGGAAAAACUCAAGAGAAUAUUAAUGGAUUAAUUGACAAACGGAAAAAACAACAAGCUCUGUCAAGUGUUUCCAGAACUGGUAGGCAAAGAUCUCAUUCGGAAAAGCAAGUGCCCAUUGAGUAUGAGAUCAUUGACGAAUGGAAUGAAUUGUUGAGGACGUUGCUUAGUAAUUCGGAUAGAAGACCUACACAAUUUGAUGAAGGUCUCUCUAUGGACAAUGUAAACAUGAAUUCUAAUCCGCGUCAUGGAUCAUUCUAUCAACGACGAUAUUCGGAUUCGGAUGAUGGAUCUGAACUAACGUUUUAUAGUAUUAUUAACGAUCGGAAAACAUCGUCAACGUCGUUUAUUCAAUCUUCAAUGACUGAUAGUGCUUCGUCAACGUCAACCAUAGAUUCUUCUGCGUCGAAUGAAACUGUCAUUGUAUCUUGUGGAAAUAAACAGAGAAAAUUUUAA